AUGUACCCCAACUCCCAGCCGGCCAGACACCCGGCCCAGACGCUGCCCAUUAACAGCCAGUACAUGGCGCACUCGUAUGACCUCGCCGCCUACCAUCACAUGACGGGAGUCGGUGACCCUUCUGGAAGUACCUGGAACACAGUUUACCGCGAGGAGUACCCCUACAGCUUCCCAGGUUCCAGCCCCGGCACCGGGCAGGUAAACUUCACCACUGCGGAGCUGAGCGGCACGCCCACCACCACUGGAGUUGGGGGAGGAGGAAGCCUCACUCCCUACAACUUUUUCUCCAGUCCGGACCCUUUCGUCACCAGGAGGAGACCCCUUGAGCAGGUCAAGCCUUCUGCACCUUCAGGAGGGAAGACUCGGACGAAGGACAAGUACAGGGUGGUGUACACGGACCACCAGCGCCAGGAGCUGGAGAAUGAGUUUCAGUUCAACAGCUACAUCACAAUGAGGCGCAAGUCGGAGCUUUCCAUGGCACUCGGCCUCUCCGAAAGACAGGUGAAGAUCUGGUUCCAGAACCGACGCGCCAAAGAGAGGAAGGUAAACAAGAAGAAGCUGCAGGACUCCCAGCAGCCGUCCACGUCCACCAGCACCCCGCCUGCACCCGUGGGGUCCCGUGAGGGCCACAACGCACCCAGCAACAUUCUGUCCAACGCCAUAUCAGAAGAAUUCAAGCUGGAGUUCAUAUGACGGGGAAGUGCAGCCAGUUGGUCCAAAUGAUGCGCUGUGAGAAGCCCACCAUUCGGGCAUUAGUCUGAAAGGAACUAUUUGUGACAACUUGAAUCUGUGAACGUGGAUCAGGACACCAACUGUUCAGACCUGCAACCAAUAAUAUUUGUAAGAUACUCCUUCAUUUGGAAAUGGCCGCAAAAGAAAAAGAGCGUUUUGAGGA